AUGCAUCAGAAUGGCAUUGAUAACAUUCUCUGGAAGGUGGCAUCAUACAACGCCAAGGGGAAUCUGCAGAAAAUAAACAAGAACACAAAGAUAUGCAGGGCGCUGGCUUAUAUCCAUAACUGUAUUGGCAUCUGUCACCGGGACAUCAAGCUUCAGAAUUUACUGGUCGACGCAAUAUGCUUAAACGGUGUUCUAGCUAGAGCUUCCGUACCUAGUGGUGCAUCCACAGGAGUCUUGGAAGCCCUUGAGUUGACGGAUGGGGAGUCUGACUACCUCAGAAAUGGUGUUUCAAAUGCUGUUAACAAUGUCAACACAAUUAUUGGCCCUGCUCUCAUUGGAAAGGACUCAACCGAUCAAACUGGUAUGGACCACAUGGUUCAUAAAUUAGACGGCAAACAAAAGGUAUGCCUGUUAAUUCUUAGUCUUAAUCUUACGUUGGGUUUCAUACUUUUUUGAUCCGUGACAAAACUCUUCAGCUCGGUGCUAAUGCGGUACUUGCUGU